AAAAAACAACAUGGCUCCUCCUAGCGUAUUGAUGGUCGGCACCGGCGAGUACACCACCGGCUUCGUCGGCGGUGGCGCCUCUGGCUCCGAUAAGAAGGUCGGCGUAGUCGGCCUAAGUCUCUUCGAUCUGCGCCGCCGGGGCAAAGUAGGCGACCUAAGCAUGGUCGGCGUGUCUGGAAAGAAGUUCCCCGGAAUCCGCGACCACCUGCACCGCAACAUUUGCCAAGUCUACAAUGGCCUCGACACAUCCUUCGCCUCAUACCCAUCAGACGACCAAACAGACCCAGAUGCCUACAAGACAGCCAUCGAUGCCCUCCCUCGCGGCUCCGCAAUCACAAUCUUCACCCCAGACCCAACCCACUUCCCAAUCGCCCUCUAUGCCAUUGAGCGCGGCAUCCACGUAAUGAUCACCAAGCCCGCAACCCAGCGUCUAGAAGACCACCUCGCGCUGGUCGACGCAGCCCGCAAACACGGCGUCUUCGUCUUCAUCGAGCACCACAAGCGCUUCGAUCCCGCAUACUCUGAUGCGCGGGCUAAAGCACGCACUCUGGGUGACUUCAACUACUUCUACAGCUACAUGAGCCAGCCGAAGAGCCAGCUUGAGACUUUCAAGGCUUGGGCGGGCCGCGAGUCGGAUAUCUCUUACUACCUUAACUCACACCACAUUGAUAUCAACGAGAGUAUGGUGCCGGAUUAUAAGCCUGUGAGGGUUACCGCUACGGCUUCGCAGGGUACGGCUGAGGCCUUGGGCUGUGUGCCUGAGACUGAGGAUACUAUUACAUUGCUUGUCGAGUGGCGUCGUCGUGAUAACCCGGCUAAGAUUGCUACUGGUGUUUACACUGCUAGUUGGACUGCGCCGCAAAAUGCGGGUGUGCACUCUAACCAGUACUUCCACUACAUGGCUGCCAACGGUGAAAUCCGUGUGAACCAGGCCAAGCGUAGCUACGAUGUGACCACCGAUGACCAGGGUUUGAUCUGGGUGAACCCCUUCUACAUGCGCUACGCUCCCGAUGAGGAAGGAAACUUCGGCGGCCAGACUGGCUACGGCUAUGUCAGCUUCGAGAAGUUCAUUGAUGCUGUGACAGCACUCAACGAGGGCCGCGUGACACUCGACCAGCUCGAUGCGCGCCCCCUGCCUACCCUGAAGAACACAAUUGCCACCACAGCUAUCCUCGACGCAGGCCGCAAGUCACUAGAUGAGCGCCGGCCUGUGGAGAUUGUGUCCGAGGGAGACAAGUGGGAACUGAAGUAA